AUGUGGGUGACCUCGUUAGUGCUAACAGCACCAACUGAAGGUUUAAAGAAAUAUUCUGAAGAUAUCGAUUUGACUAAAUUAUAUGAACCAAAUCCUCCAGUGACCCAUCGUGUUUACAUGACUGUUGAAUAUGAAGAUCCAUUGACUGAAAAGGCAAUGAGACAUAAUUUCAAUAUCGACUUGUAUGGUACUGUUGUCCCAUUAACUAUCAGGAAUUUUGUUGCUCUAUCUAAGGGUGUCAAGGCUCGUGUUGAAGGUCAAGACCCAAAUCAGAUCCAUGUCAUUACAUACAGAGAAUCACUUUUUACCCAAGUUGCCAUCGACUCCUUCAUGCAAGGUGGUAUGGUCGCUCCAGCUUAUGGUCCAUUUUCCAUUCAUGGUAGUGCUUGGGCUGAUGAAAACUUUGACUUGAAACAUGAUAGAGUGGGUAGAGUCUCUAUGGCAAACAAGGGAAAACCAGACACGAACAACUCUGAAUUUAUCUAUGACACCAAGACUGACCCAACUGGUGAACUAGACAACAAGAAUGUUGUCUUUGGUCAAAUCUCUGCCGGUCUAAAGGAAUUAUUAGACAUCAUCCAAUACGUGAAGAAGGAUACUGAUGGAAGACCAAUGAAGCCAUUUAAGAUUGUAUGGGCUGUCCCUGAAGAGUUCAGACUAGGUGAUCAAAAGGUAAUGCAUCAAAAGUACUUGGACGACUUAGCUGCAUUCAGAGCUGGAGAUUCUUCCAAGGGUGUGACUCUAGUUGAAUCAUUGGCUCCCGUUAAGGUCUAUACGAGUAAGGAUGCUGUAGAAGAUAAGGUUCUAUACGACAGUUACUCCAGUUCUGCACUAAAGAACAUUCUAUUUGUUGUUGGUGUUGUGGCUGCCUGUUUCGGUUUGUACAACUACAGGGACAUUAUUUUAAGAAAGAACAGCAAAAUUGUGUCUAUGAGGUAA